AUGGGGCCCCCCGGGCAAUAGGGGAUCAUGGGGCCCCUGUGUCCUCACCCACACUCAAAACCACACGCAAAAAAGCCUAUGAAAGGUACUAGGGGCAUCUCAUGGGGCCCUCUACUGACCCUGGGCCUUCGGGCACUGCUCUAGUGCCUGAGUGUCAAAGUACUACAGCUAGGGAAUCCGAGGCAGGAGGCAGGAGCGGACUGACAACUCAUGGGGCCCUGGGCAAUAGGGGAUUAUGGGGUCCCUGUGUCCUUGCCCAACUCAAAGCACACCCAAAAAUGCCUAUAAAAAGGUACCAGGGGCAUUUCAUGGGGCCCACUACUGACCCCGGGCCCUCGGGCAAUGCCCGAGUGCUCAAAUGGUCAGUCCGCCCCUGC